UUUAAAUAGAACUAACAUUAAUAACAAAAUCACCUAAACCCAGUUUAAUAUUGCAAGCGGAACCCAAUCUCCUUCUUCCCCUCGGAAAACCCUAGCUGAGCUCCGAUCGCGCUUCGCCAUGGGGGACAUGAACGAUCCUUUCAUGCGUAACCAAGCCGUCCAGGCUCGCCCUAAGGUCCAGAACCGAUCCAAUGUUCUUCAGCUCAAGCUGAUGGGUCAAAGCCACCCGACUGGCUUAACGCCCAAUCUCUUGAAGCUCUUUGAGCCCCGACCUCCAUUGGAGUUCCUUCCACCUCCAGAGAAGAGAAAAUGCCCUCCUUACACAGGUAUGGCUCAGUUUGUAAGUCGCUUUGCUGAACCUGGAGAUCCAGAGUAUGCUCCACCCAAGCCUGAAGUUGAAACACCUGUAUGUUUUCAUCUCGACUUGUCUCUGUAUUAUGCUAAGGUCAGUGAUAUUUAUAUAGUCUUUUAUGUUUUGUUUUAUUUGGACAACCAGGCUCAGAAAAGGGAGAGAAUUCAUAAAUCACGACUGGAGAAGGGUGUUGAAAAGGCUGCUGAGGAUCUACAGAAAUAUGAUCCGAAUAAUGAUCCGAAUGCUUCUGGAGAUCCCUACAAGACGCUGUUUGUUGCCCGACUUAACUACGAGACCUCUGAGAGUAAGAUUAAAAGGGAGUUUGAGGCUUAUGGUCCAAUUAAGCAGGUUCAUUUGGUGACUGAUCAGCAAACCAAUAAACCCAAAGGAUAUGCCUUCAUCGAGUACUUGAACACCCGUGACAUGAAAGCGGCAUAUAAGCAGGGUGAUGGAAAGAAGAUUGAUGGCAGAAGGGUGUUGGUUGAUGUUGAGAGAGGUAGGACGGUCCCGAACUGGCGUCCCCGUAGGCUUGGUGGUGGACUUGGUACAACCAGAGUUACCGGUGAGAAGAUUGCUGGCGAGGAGGAACAACAACAGCCCUCCCAAGCAAGAACAUCCCGCUCCGAGGAGCCUAAAGCCCGCGAAGACCGUGAGAAAUCUCGUGAUAGGGGCAAAGAAAGGGAACGCGAGGUGUCUCACGAGCGGUCUCGUGAAAGGUCUCACGAGAGGUCCCGUGAACGGUCUCGUGAUAGACCGAGAGAGAGUCAUAGAGAGGAUAAGCACCACAGAGACAGGGACCGAGGUAGAGACAGGGGGGAUAGAGACAGAGAGAGCAGGCGUGACAGAGGAGAUAGAGACCGUCGUUCACGGGACCACGAUAGGGAGAGGAGUAGGAAAAGGGAUCGGGACUACGAGAGCGGAGAGUAUGAAGAAGAGGGCGAGUAUGAGAGAGGUGGGUCGAAGCAGAGGAGAGGGGAGUCAGAGGAAGGGCAUGGGUACUACGAAGGGCGUAGUAGACGUUCGAGCCAUUAUGAGCGUGAGGAGGAACAAGGAGGUGACCAAGACCGCUACGAUGACCGUUAUGGGAGAGUGGAGGAAGAAGAAUACCGUUAUGAUGAUCGUGAGUAUAAGCGGUCAGAGCGUUCAAAGUCGCGUGAUUAUUAAUCUGAUGGCUGCUGACGUUAUUUUCUUCCGCGUAGCGAUAAACAAUAAACUUGUUUGUGUGUUGUGAUGGAAACUUGUGCGAAUCUUCGUUACUGCUUCUGCUUUUGUUUUCGUAUGACAAUUUGUUCAGCAUUUUAAAUCUUUAAACAGAACCAUUUCAGCUUA